AUGGAUCGGCCAUUUACCUUAUACUGGAUGUACUCACAGAUCACUAAGGCCUUUUGGAGAAUUAUGGCUGGAUUUACUGGAAUUGGAGUUGGUGCCGCAUAUGCUGGCUUAAAGCCUGUUGUAGAUUUUAUGACGUUUAACUUUUCUAUGCAGGCAAUUGAUCAUAUCAUAAAUUUUGCUGCAAAGCCAAAUUACAUGUCUGCUGGACAGAUAAAUGUACCCAUCAUCUUUAGAGGACCCAAUGGUGCUGCUUCUGGUGUUGGUGCUCAGCAUUCUCAGAUGCGCCUUCUGAAGAACUCAAUUCAUCUUGCAGUUUGUAACUCAUUACUUGACCUUGCUGGAAUCAUGUGUGGACAAUUCAGUAAAUCAUGUUGGAAAUUUUUCCUUGGAACAUUAACUGGAAAGGCAAUCAUCGAACACAUACACAGAGAAUUCUAUCGCCACAUGGCAGAACAACAGAUGAUGCUGUCUAAGUGCAAUUCCGGCACCGCUGAGGCACCGGCUAAAAAAAAGAAAGAGUUGGUUAUGCACAAUACUCUGAUUCAGAUUAAUUUACAUUACGGCGGUAUGAUCUUAAUGACAACAGCUGAUUUUUCACAUGAAAAUAAGCUUGGCCAAGUGACAAAGACUGAUUUCAAGAAGUACUUUGCUCAGUUUAGGACUAUCAUUGAUUAUUUGGUGAUUUAUGACCACAAAACUAAACGUCAUAGUUGCUUUGGCUUUGCUACAUAUGACGAAGAGGCUGUAAACAACGUGUUGCAGAGGCUGUUCCUUAAACUCGAUGGGAAUAUGGUUGACUUCAUAAGUGGCUUCCCUAAGGAAACGUCUCCCAACCCAAACCGGAACACGCUAAUAUAA